GCUGGGCAAGGGGCAUUUGCCGCGCGCGCGCUGUCCGCCCGGCCCCUUCCCCCGGUGCGGCGGCGACCGGAGGCUGACCAUGGUCUGGACCCGUCUGCGGCUCUGCGGCCCCUCCCGCCCCUCCGCGGGCGGCCGGCGGCCCCUGCGCUUCGACGGCGGGGCCUUCCGCCUCAAGGGGACGGCGGAGCUGGCGCGCGCCUGGCUGGUGCUCCGCCUGUGCGCCUGGCCCCCCGCGGUGGCCCACGGGCUCGCGCUCCAGGCCUGGUCUCGGAGGGUCCUGGGCUCCCGGCUGUCGGGCGCGCUCCUCCGAGCAUCCGUCUACGGGCAGUUCGUGGCCGGGGAGACGGCCGAGGAGGUGGAGGGCUGUGUCCGGCAGCUGCGGGCCCUGGGGCUCCAGCCCCUGCUGGCGGUGCCCACCGAGGAGGAGCCAGAGUCCGCUGCCAAGAGCAGCGAGGCCUGGUACGAGGGCAACCUCCGCGCCAUGCUGCGCUGCGUGGACCUGUCUCGAGCCCUCGCGGACGCCCCCGGCCCCGCCCGGAGCAGCCUCAUGCAGCUGAAGGUGACGGCGCUGGCCAGCACCCAGCUUUGUAAGGAUCUAUCGGCUUGGAUCCAGAGGCCAGGAGGUUCCUCGGAGCUGAGCCCUGAGGGGCUGGCGGAAGCCAUGGACUCGGGCCGGGGCGUCCAGCUCCCCUGCCUCAGCACGGAGCAGAACCGGCACCUGCAGGCCUCCCUCCGCCGCUUGCACCGCGUGGCGCAGCAUGCCCGGGCGCAGCACGUGAGGCUCCUGGUGGACGCGGAGUACACGUUCAUCAACCCCGCGCUGUCCCUGCUGGCGGCCGCCCUGGCCGCGCGCUGGAACCGCCCCGGGGAGGGCGGGCCCUGGGUGUGGAACACCUACCAGGCCUACCUGAAGGUAGGUGCUGUGCUCUGCGGGGCCGUGGGUGGGGCCCGGCACCCCAUCCUCCUGAGGCUGCCUGUGCGCCCCCCUGCCCCGCAGGACACCCACAAACGGCUGGAGCGGGACGCCGAGGCCGCACACAAGGCUGGCCUGGCCUUUGGGGUGAAGUUGGUGCGCGGGGCCUAUCUGGACAAGGAGCGGGCUGUGGCCCAGCUCCACGGGACGGAGGACUGCACUCAGCCCGACUACGAGGCCACUAGCCGAAGUUACAGCCGCUGUCUGGAGCUGAUGCUGCGACGGGUGUCCCACCACGGCCCCCUGUGCCACCUCAUGGUGGCUUCCCACAAUGAGGAGUCUGUUCACCAGGCGACUAAGCGGUGCCAGGGGAAGCCAGAAGAGGGUGUCAGAUCCCCUGGAACCGGACUUACAGACAGUUGUGAACUGCCAGGUGGGUGCUGGGAUUUGAACCCACGUCCUCCGGAAGAGCAGUCGGUGCUUUUAACCACUGAGCCGUGUCUCCAGCCCUGCAGUGGUUGUUUACCACUGGGCCUGAGGAUAGAGUCAUUUCUCAGAAUCGUCUGUGGAAAACUUGUUCUAGGACGAAUCUCCAUGGAAACCACAAUCUUCAGAUGCUCAAGUUCCUCCUGUCAGAUGCUGUGAUAUUUUAAUAUUUGCAGGUGGCCCCUGGACCUCUUCCUGUGGGCUUGGUGUCGUGAAGCUUAUGUAUACCGCCUAGAGUGAUCGUGUAAACGCUACAUAACUAGUUACACUGUCAGGGGAAACCGUGCAGGUCUUUAGCACAGACCGGCCCACCCUGGCGCUUGAUCCCGGGUUGAAGCUGUGGGUGAGGAACUGUGGCUCCAGUGGCCAGCUGCCCACCCGUAUUUGAACUCUUGGGUGGGGAAUGGCUGACUUGCUCUCUAGCUCUAGCCACUGUCUGGACUGAUGAUGUGCCUCCCUCUGCAGCA